CCGACGGCGGGAGGCACAAGCGGGUGACCAGAGGAGAGAAGGAGGGGUCGGUAGGGUGCGGGGUGACCGAGGAGCGAGACGCUCCGCUGCCUGUCGGCGAGGCGAUCACAGGUCACGUGACCCGCAGUGGCCCGCCCCUCAGCCCGCGACUGACAACAAGUGGGUGUGUGCUGCUGCCAGUCCCACUCACCGCUGCGGCCACUCACAACCGUGCGCAGUUGCCAUUCUCACAACCACGACUGUCGCGCGCGCCGCCAGUUUUUGACUGGUGUCAGCAGUGUGUCCCUCGAGAUCGCUACUUACUCUUCCAGUGUACUCACAGACCAGCAUUUUUUUUCUCUCUCUCUCUCACCGGAUUACUUACAGCUUCUUCGGAUAACGUUGCCAUUUCUGGUGUUCUUUCCAGAAGCAUCUCGGAUCAAGAAAUUUUUCUCCACACACAACCACGCACCUCCGCCCGAAACUGUCGUCUGCAACAGAUCUGUCGUCAGCUACAAAACUGGCCCCCGAACCUACUUCCUCUCCUCCGGUGACACCUCCAGAAACGACGAUGGCCGUCAAGCCGAUACCGAUGUACUCACAUCCUAUCUUCUUCCUGCCCUCCUACACCUCGUCGCCGUGCUCAGCGACAGCCAUGGCGUCCACAUCCGGGGGCCUGGCAUGCCCCACCGGCCUGCACCCCGCCCUACAGCACGCCUACGAAGCAGCGGGCAAGGGAGUAGGGGGACUGUCCAGCCUCGGUGGCUCGGAGCUGGGUCUGCAGUUCUACCCCAUGCCCGCCUACCUGGCCUUCAACUCCUUCCACCUCAACUCUUGGUCCGCCGCUACCGCUGCCGCCGCCGCCGCCGCUGCCGCUGCCGCCUACAGUGGCCUGGACUUGCCCACCUUCGUCGCGGAAGGAGCUGGCGGUGCGUCGGCCGCGGCACUGUUGGAGACCCCAACCUCCCCCUUCCUGCGGACCCCAGCAUCGCUCCUGUCGUCAACCCCGCCCUCAACCCCGUUGUCGUCUGGCGCGUUGCCAGAGGAAUCGACGACAUCCCCGUUGUCGGGGUCCACGCUAGCGUCAUCUUCGUCGCUGUCUUCGCCGUUGUCUUCGUCGUCGCUGCUGUCCUCCUUGUCGAUGUCGUCCUAUGCCCAAGCCGCAUGGCUGCAGCAGUACAGUUCGGCUCUGACGUGGGCCAGUCCUGAGCUGCCCUUGAGUAGACUUGCUGCUGACCGCUUGGACAGUGGAGGAGAAUCGCCGAGAGAGAAAACGCCACUCAAAACACGAUUUGAUUUUUCCCGCCUCGCCCAGUCGGCGACGACCGAUGAUGACGUCAGAGCCGAGCGUGCGCACGAGGGAGGGCACGAUGCUCAGGUCUACAGCCACGCUCUGGCACUCAGUCUGCGAUAUAAUCCCCUCUACAACACUUUUCGACUACCAGCAACCUUGACAGGGCCCAGCGAAGAGAAAGUCAAAACGAGGCGGCCACGGAGAGCCAAGAAAGAGUUUGUGUGCAAAUAUUGCAAAAGGCACUUCACCAAGUCUUACAACCUCCUCAUCCACGAACGAACACACACGGAUGAGCGCCCUUACCCCUGUGAUGUGUGCGGCAAGGCCUUCAGGCGACAAGACCACCUGCGGGACCACAGGUACAUUCACUCUAAAGAAAAGCCAUUUAAGUGUUCUGUGUGCGGCAAGGGCUUCUGUCAGUCUCGCACCUUGGCCGUGCACAAAGCUACACAUGCUCCACUGCCUCAGACGUGAGCGACAUCACCAUUGCCUAACCUCCCACAGUUCAGCACACCCCUCGGGCCGACAGCUUCCUUGGAGAUCAGUGUCACCAUGGACACCUAUCCUUGACGACGAGAAAAAUAUAGGAAGGGAAUGACACACAACAAGAAACUUAGUUCGCUGUGACUGAAGCCACCUUGCUGUUCUUUUCAAGUUCUCUGCGAAAAGGUGGGGUGCAAUACGCACCCGCCAUGACAGACAGACAAUUCUUUAUGUUCUUGGUGUGAUGUCCUGGCGUCAGCAGACUUGUCGUAUAUACUCUUCUUCAUUUUGUCAGCUUCCCUGCAGAGAUUGUCACAAAAUUAGGCACUCGAUUAGCAACUGCAUGUUCUCUCUCUCUCUCUCUCACAUUCUCUUGCCGAAAAGUCCAUGGACGUGUAUAAGUGGACUGCUGUCUGUCUGCCGAGACCAACGCUUAGCCUCUUGCAAAAUUCUCCGCUUUGAGUC